AUGGCAGUUGCCUCCAACAUACUACUGGAUAGUGACGUCGGUUGCCUCUCACAAAUCAACCCAGAAAAGGAAUAUCCCAAUAGACAUAAGAAGACUCAAGAAAGCAAACUGUUCAUCAUGAAGACCUCUUUGGCCACUGCAGUUAUCCUCUUUACGUCGGCGCUGGCAGCGCCAGUCACCAUGAGAAACACACCCACGGAGAAUGAUAAUACCAAUCCGAAUGUCAACAUCCCCACUGGUCCCGGUCCUGUGUGCACUGAUAACGAGAUCUGUCCCUAUGAGGUCAGUGACAGUCAGUAUGCCCGCCGUCAGGAGCCUAUUCCUGCCGCUGCUCUGGGAUCUUUGAUCGGGGGUGGCCUCGGUAGGCGAGACGACGAGGCUAUCCCAACUGAUGCCAUUAUUUCCUUGGCAGGCGGUGGCCUCAAGCGACGUGGUGAUGAGGAUGUCCCGGCUGAAGAGCCUAUCCCUACUGAGGCCAUCAUUUCGCUGGCUGGUGGUGGUCUGAAAAGAAGCGAGGAGGACGCUAUGGACUCGUACUAA